GGUCACCGGAAAUGUAGAUGUGAAAAUGAAAAUGACAUAGCACCGGGCUAUCUUCGUAACCCUGCAGAAUGGGCGAAAGGCCAACUAGAGAGAGGGAAAUGUGGGUACUGUGCAACAUACUGCUCGUUCUUUUAGCUUAUAGCACAGGCGCCCAGGCGCUAGGCAGCCCCUCGUCGAGUGCGGCAACCGCGCCAUCUACACCAGCGAGCACUCAGGCAGCUCAGGCUCCGGCAGCGUCAACCGCAGCGCACAGCGAUGCGGAGUGCAGGAUCAUCUCGGGGCCUUCAGCGCUCGGGGCACAGCUGCUGCUGUUAGUCAUUGUCAUAUCGGCGCUGCUUUUAAAGCGGCAUCAGGAGCGGCCGCGGAGAGCCUGGAAUGUGUGGCUCCUAGACGUUAGCAAGCAGGCGUGCAGCGCCGGCGCGGGGCACCUCUGCGGAAUGGGGAUCGCCGUCAUUGCCCACAAACGAGCGGCUGGCGCGUCCGAAUGCGGCUGGUACCUGGUGGUGUACCUGAUGGACUGCACACUGGGCAUCAGCCUGGCCAUCGCCUUCCACCGCCUCAUGCACGUGGCAGUGCGCCGCCGGCACGGACAGCUGCUGGCGGCGCGCGACCGCGACCACCGCGGCCAGACUGAGCAGCAGCGGCCCUGGCACCCAUGGACGGAGGCGCUGCUGGAGAGCGGCAACUACGGCGACCCGCCCAGCGCACGGCGCUGGGCCAUCCAGGCCGCGGGCUGGGUGACGUGUGUGGUGAGCGCGCGGCUGUCGGUGGGCGUGACGGUGCUGUCCUCGCUGCGGCUGAUGGGCGCGCUGGCGGGCGGGCUGGACCGGGUGUGUGCGGGCCACCCCGAGGCCGAGCUGUUCACGGUGAUGGUGGGCAUACCCAUGCUGCUCAACGUGGGGCAGGCCUGGAUCCAGGACCAGGUGCUCAAGUGGACCGCGCGGCGGCGCAUCAAGCGCGGCGGCGACGAGCCGUCACCCGACGACCGCGGCGACCUGCUGCUGCCGCUGACCGGCGGCGGCGGCGGCGGCGGCGCGGGCGGCGGCGGCGCUGGCGGCAGCAGCAACACGCUAGCGAAGGGCUCAUCUGACGACCUGCAUCUGGUGGUGGCGGCGAGCGGCGGGCUGGGGAGGAACCGUAACACGUCGACUGUGAUGGACAAGGCUCCAGGGCUGUCGGACUAGCGGGAGCCAGGGGCGGCGAGCGGCUGUGGGAGAUAAGUGGCUGCAACAUGCCUAUGAACUGGACGGCCGCGGUCUAGGGAGGGGUGCAUGGAUGCAGGAGUGGUGGAUGAAGUUAGAUGCUGCCGGCAUCGCAGGGGUGCGCAUGCCGGCAUGUGGUAUUGGGGGGCUGGUCACCUGUGCCGCGUGAGGUUUUUUUUGGUGUGUGAUUGCGGGCUGUUGGGGUGUGGUAUGUUGCCCUUGUGGUGCCGCGUUGUGGACUUGUGGUGGUCGCAGCCAUGGCCGGCCGUUUGUUCCUGGUGUGUGCAUGGCAUCCUGAAGGGCCGCCAUGCAAGUGGCUUACCAUCACUGAUAGAGAUCGGGGAUAGAGAUUGAGCACAUCACAGGCACGCGCAUAGAUCGGGGCACGUUUACAUGCAAGACAGAGAGUGUCACUGCGAAACGCGCCCUCCCAGGUACCAAGUUCAGGCAUGGGUGAACAUACGUGUGCAUACGGUAGGCAGGUAGAAAACUUGCCCUUCUCACAUGCUCUGCCCCCGGGUCCCACUGUACUGGAUAUGCGGCUCUGGGUAUCCGCCAUGCGAGUGGCUUGGGUGCUGAGACAAUGUUAAGUUUUGUGGUGGGCGUCCACGUGCGGUGUGGUUGUGUGCAUGUCGGUUGUGUUUUGUGGGUCCAGAAUGGUGGACCAGGCGGAAUGUAUUCCAUUUCGCCAAGCACUUUAUGCAGGCUGCGGCACUGUGGGUGUUGCAGCCCGCUCUUGCCAAGUGGCACCUGAUGCGUACAUACGGUAUGUGGCUGGUGUUUUUGGGUGCAUGCGAGGGCCGGCGUGUGCCAGACAAAGGGGCGGAGGGUUCCUCGGCACGGCGCGCGUCGUGGAUUGUUGUCAUGGAUUCUACGGGUCUGACGGGUGCCUUGUGCCCCAUGUCCGUGCGUGCAUGGUGUGAGGACGGGUGAGAUGCAAGUGGGAGGGCGAGUGGGGGAGUGAGUGCUGGUCUGGUUGCAGGAACAAGAAACGACGAGUGCCCAUAGCUGGAGGGGCGGAGUCCUGCAGCAGGCACCAGGCGGUGAUCGGGACGCGUGCUGUGAUCAUUGUGUGCUGCGUCGCGUUGCGCUGCUGCCGUACCCGUGCCGCACUGAGCACGGCGAGGCCUGCUGUGGCGGCCUGCUACGGGGGCCGGGUGAUGGCUGGAUGGAUUGGCUCGGUGGCUCCACCUAGGAAGCAGAAGCCUGAGGCCCUGCUGCAACGUCGGCUUCUGCACUGGGCGGGUCUCGCUGAAUUGCUGAAACCACCGCCAACGCA